CACUCGGGACUGGGAGCAAGGGGUAGGCAGAAACGCCGGAGACAAAGAGGCAGACGAAGAGGGGCUCCCCUACGGCCAGGUCCACAGUCAGAGGACGAAUUUGGCCUCGCCCCAGCACAGCUGUCAAGAUCGGACCCUUCCUUUAGAGCAGACAGGACCACGUUUCAGAUGUUCGUGCCACCUCGGCAGAGGGAAAACACCAGAAAGGGUUUCAAUCCAAGUCUGGAUCACAGAAGGAGCUGGAUGUGGCUGAGUAUGCAGACUGGGGACAAAACCAACAGCAGAGAAGGAUUGGCACAGCAGAGAAGAAAUCACACCGUAUCGGGCCACUCAGUGACUCUAGUAUGCCAUGUUUGUGUUUAUCUUGCAGUCUGCCUCCUGAUCUGAUACCUACAGUUUCCAGGACCACAGCUCUUAGACAUAAAAUAAACAGGUGUGCCAGAAGAUGGUCUGCUUAAUUGUUUGGAUCUUAAGAAGGAAGAACUUAUGUUGGAUGCAGAGGUUUAAUUUUUGGUCUAAGGACUAAUUUCUGUUUUUUCAUCUUGGAAAAAGGAUUCUCUGAGGAUACUAAGAAUCACUUGACGAUUAGUUUGUCACCAUAAUGACCUCUAAAAACAGAACCAAUGAAAUCAUUAAAAAACUUAAAGCUAGCAAAAAACAUCUCCUGGAGGAGAUAAACGAAAAGCGUGACUCCAACUGCUUUGUGGAAAGAAGCAAUCAAGUCAGUUUAUUGAGAGUUCAAAAGAGGCAUUUCAGUGGUGCCUACCAGUCCUUUACUCACACCCAAAUCAAAGAACCCGUUCCUGACAGUGGCAGGAGCUCCUGGGUCACACUGAGUCUCCUGGUUCACACCGAGAAAAAGCACUUUCCUGCAAAAAAUAAUGCCAUAUUUGGAUAAAGUGCAUCUCCAGAGACACACAGAAAUACAACCUCUUUGAUCCUUC